CAGAGACCCGGCAGAUACUGUCUUAUAAAUGCUGCGGUGAAACGCAGAAACCACAUCAAGGAUUAUUUCUGAAACAUUAUAGAGCUCAAAGGCUUUCUCUCUUGCUGGUUUACCACAAGAAAUGACUGAUGGGACUUGCAUUAAUGUAGUAAAAAGAGAUUCAAAACUCUAUGGUGCUGAAGGCCAAACCCCGGACACAUCUUUCAAAAGCCAUCAACACGCGACACCAGUCUGACAUGACUCAGUUGUUGGACUAUUACCACUGACCCUUCCAUGCUGAAACAGAAAAUAUCGUAUGCUGACCAUCAUUGUUGGCUGUAAGGAAUAUCAAGCUGACAGAAAAGCAUGGCGGCUGCUUUAAAGGUUUUCCUCCUUCUACUUCAAGGUAGCUUAUGCGUGACAUUUGAAAUCACCAUGCCUCUGAGUAUAGAUGGACUAACUGGAUCCUGUGUGAAGGUCCCCUGCACUUUCGACUUCAACUCAAAGUUUGAUGUAGAUCUGGAUGAUUCCUGCAAAGCAAUUUGGAUCAGAGGAAGCACAGGCGGAACAGUUGUGUUUGAUUCCGACCUCACUGGAGAUCAGGCAAGCGGAAACCUCACAGGGAACCUGCUGAACAAGGAGUGCACCACCAUCUUCUACAACAUGCCACUGUCCCAUUCUGACAACUACUACUUCAGGAUUCAGUGUGAUAACAACCUGAAGGGCACCUAUCCAACAGGAGUCCGUAUCACCACUCAAAAUUCACUGGACCAACCUACCAUAACUCCAUCUACACUGGAGGUAGAAGAGGGGGCUCUGGUGACGCUGAACUGCACGGCUGUAGCUCCGUGUCCCAUCCUUCCGCCAGAUCUGACUUGGACCCCCAGGAUAGGUGACAUUGAGGAGAAACAUGAAUCUGAAUCCAUGGUCUCAGUUAUGAACUUCACCUCUUCUUACCUCCACAAUGGACAGAAUUUUUCGUGCACCGCUCUCUACAAACCACAAGCUGGCAACACCGACCCUCGGUUUGAAAAGUUUAUGACCCUCCAUGUUCUUUAUCCUCCAAAGAACACAUCAGUCAGCUACUCUGCUACAGUAAAAGAGGGCAGCUUGGUGAAUCUGACCUGCGACGGCAAUGCCAAUCCAGCUGUGUACACUUGGUACAAAGUGAAUGGAGGUCAGGUGACCGAUGUGGGUUCGGGGAAAAGGUUUUCAACCACUGUCUCAGAAGUUGACAGACAAUUUUACUGUAAAGUCAGUAACAUAUACGGAACCCAGAACUCAUCCAUCACUCAGAUAGACGUACAAUUUCCUCCCAAGGAAACUACAAUAAUCACUCAGCCUAAAGGUCCACGUUUGGAGGGCAGCUCUGUUUCUCUGCUUUGUAAAAGCCGGGCCAACCCACCUGUGACCAACUACACCUGGUACAAAGGUGAUGAAGAGGAAAAGGAGGCUGGAUCAAGUUUGGUUUUAAACAAUGUCAAACCAAGCAGCAGUGGUGACUACUACUGUGCGGCAAAAAAUGAGCAUGGGGACCAAAAUUCAACACUGAUUCGGCUGGACAUUCAGUAUCUUCCUAAGAACACAUCUGUGUCUGUUGACCCCUCUGGUCCGGUGCAGGACGGCAGCUCUGUAACUCUGACCUGCACAAGCAUCGCCAAUCCAGUAGCAGUGAACUUCACCUGGUUCAGAGCGGCUGGAAGAGAGGAGAAGGUGAUGGGCUCUGAGAGAGACCUCACCUUCAAUGUGACCAAACUCUCAGAAGAUCAGUAUUACUGUGAAGCUCUGAAUAUCCACGGACCUGGCAUCUCAGAGAGUGUCAGCUUUGACGUCACAUUUCCUCCAGAGAUCCUGUCUUCUUCCCGUUGCAUCAAGAUUUCAUCCAUGAUCCGAUGUUCCUGCUACAGCCAGGGGAACCCGCCUCCCUCCCUGGUUUGGAAGUUGGCCGGAGAGCCUGUGAAUCACUCUACUGCCAUCCCAAUCAGGGAAGAGUCCCUGGGGAACGUGGGCAUGAAGAGCAUCAUCACCCUGUACGAUCUGGACGAAGACACGCUCUCUCUAGUCUGCCUCAGCAUCAACUCACUGGGCUUUGACAGUUUUGCGUUUAACAUGUCGUUUAGCAAAACUGAGCAAGGCCUCCACUCGUUGUCUUUUGGGAUUGGUUUUGUAGUGGCAGCUCUGGGGAUGCUGCUGGUGUGUGUACCGCUGCUGCUAAUCUACUACCGGAAAGGAAAAGUCAUCUCUUCCUCGGACAAGGCGGAGACAUGCAACCCUGUAGUUACUGAUGCGAUCAACUCUUCAAAAGUGGAUGUGAUUUAUGCUAAUAAAGCUUUUCUGGAAGAGAGAGAAGUAGCUGAGGAAGAACCUCUCCAUUACGUCAAUGUGGACUUUGCUAAACUGCAGGCCCAUUCAAAGGGUAAGCCUGGGGAAGGGGAGAUUAGAGGCCUGGACUCAAAGACUGAAUAUGCUGAGAUCCAUCUGCAGUCCAGAGGAAGCAUUGGAGGAGAUGCAGAGGAAGAAGAGAACGUUUCUGACACUCAAUUGGAACAAGAGAAGACGCCUUAGUCUCAUAGACCUUGAGGUAAAAAGUGUAUACCGACGUUUAAGGGAAAUGUUAGCUGAAACACAGGACUUUUUUAUAGAUUUUAUUUUCAAAAUACAAAGACAUUUUGUUGGCAGUUAUACAAGAGCUGAAUUCAAAGCGUGUAAUGAAAUGGAGCAAUAUAUAUUUGGCACAUUGUUUGAACAUGUAUAUUUCAGAAACAAGCCUCUUCUGCACAAUAUUACGAUUGGUAUUUAAAGCCAUGUCAUAAAUGUCAUUAUUUAUUUUUUUAUUAUGUACAUCUUCCCCUGCAUACUUUAUUUUACAAUUCAGUAGUUUAAACAAAAUGUUCUUCAUUUUAAUUGUAGGUUUCAUGGGUUUGGAUUAAGCUCACAAUUGUGGUACUUACUGGACACUUAUCAAAGCAGAGAGUUAGUGAAACAUUGAAAUCCAAACUGUAUUUAACAAUUAGCUGAACCUGUAAGGCAGGAUAAGAUAAUGUAAACUCAGAUUUUGACGUGAGAGUACUGCGUCUCCUCUUCUUCAGAGUUGAUCAAGUCUCAGGCGGCUCUCUGAGUCUUUGCCUUGAAGUUCACCUGUGAAUAAUUGAUCUCUAAUUCAUCCUCACUGGUGUCUGUGUCAUCGUUCAAUGGAUUCGGAGAUAUGGCUGAGUGUGCUGUGCUGAUGUUCUCGUAGUCCUCCAGCCUCUUUUCAUUCUAGAAGAAAACACAGAUAUAGUCACCAGAUCAUUGGUGUGAUAACCUUUGACAGUAUCAGGAUUGUCUAAACAAUAUCUACAUACAUUUUACCCUCGGAAGAAUUAAAAAAUGUUUACUUGAUUUUAAUAAGUAGUCACGUCUUAAGAGGAAACAUCCAUUUUGUUACAGUAAAGUGGACACACAGACACUAUACAUGCCAUACUUAUUUUCUAUAUAUAUAUACACACCAUAGUUUACCCCAAACACAAGGAAAAUUACCUUUUUGUCUUGCUUUACAAUAGCAUACACUUCCUCUUCUGCCUGUUUGUUUCUACAGAAAAAAAAAACAUCAUACAUUUGCCAUGCAACAAUACCUUUUUUUUUACUGGUAUAAUAUGUUAAAAAAUAUAUUCUCACUGUUGCUUAUUUCCAAAGUGCAAAGACGCGUAGUUGAGAGAAUCAUCCUGUGUGUGUCCACCUUGCUGUCUGAUUGGCCUUUGUGCAGAAGGACCCUGAGCAGAUUCAGACUGAAGACAGAUCAGUGAAUGAACACUAUACUGAAUCAGUUCAUUCAUGCUUUAAAAUGUAGGUCAUCAGGUCAUUCAUGCUCUACUAUACUAAAUACUGAAUGAUUACUAUUCUGAAAAACAGUGAGGACAGAGUUAUAUUUCAGCGUGCAAAGCAACAGCUUGAUCAAUGGAAGGGAUUUUUUGUGUAAGUGAUAAACUAAAAUUGUCAGAAGGCAUAAAUGUCCUAAUUCAAAUUGUGUUAUGUCAAAAUUGUCUUACAACAGUAUGACAUAACAUGUCAUUGUAUAGUAUUUGAUAAAGUGAAUAAAACACAAAGGUCAAUGUUAAGUCAGAAAAAAAUACAGUGAGUCUUGUAAAAAUGUCCUUAAAAAUGUCAUAAAAACGACAGGUUCUGUAUGGCAUAGGAAAUGUCCAAAAAAUAUCAUAUUAAAAAUGCCAUAAGAAGUCAUACAAUUCCCCAAAAAGCAACAGCAUAGCAUAAUGUAAUGUAUUUUGUGAUCUUAAAGUGAGGGAAUCAUUUUAAGUUUUAUGUUUGUUUUGUUUUAAUGAAGCUGUUGAAUUUCUUUACUCACUUGUUUUUCGGAGGGCAGAUUCAGAAAACUGUAAACACUGUUGAUGUUGGAUUCAGGCCUUUGGAACAACAACGGGAAAAAAACAUGUUGUGACUGAUUAUAAUAAAUGACAGGGGAAACUCUCAUUGUGCA